AGACAAAGGCCGCCCCAGUGAAUCAUGUGGUGUCGGGGAGGAAGUGCGGCUUGUUUUCUUUCCUCCAGUCGCCGGGCUUCGGCGGAGCGAGAUGCGCGGAGACCUUCGCGGGGGCGGCGGCGGCGGCGGCGGCGGCGGCGGCAAUCGCCGCCGCGAGCCCCGAUGAGGCCCGAGCGCCCCCGGCCGCGCUCAAGCGUCCCCGGCCCGAUGGAGGUCCCUCCGUGGGGCCCUCUGCGCAACGACUCGCUGCAGCCCACGCUGACCCCGGCCGUGCCCCCCUACGUGAAGCUCGGUCUCACCAUCGUCUACACCGUGUUCUACUCUCUGCUUUUCGUGUUCAUCUACGUCCAGCUCUGGCUGGUGCUACGCUACCGGCACAAGCGGCUCAGCUACCAGAGCGUCUUCCUCUUCCUCUGCCUCUUCUGGGCCUCCCUGCGGACUGUCCUCUUCUCCUUCUACUUCAAAGACUUCGUGGCGGCCAACGCGCUCAGCCCCUUCGUCUUCUGGCUACUCUACUGCUUCCCCGUGUGCCUUCAGUUCUUCACCCUGACGCUGAUGAACUUGUAUUUCACGCAGGUCAGUAUUUCUGAGGAGGCGGUCCUUGGACCAGCAGAAACAGAUUCAUGGGAAGGUUUUAAAAAUGCAGAUUCCUUGGUCCAUCCCAGACCCGACAGGUUGUCAUCUCUGAAGGUGAUUUUCAAAGCCAAGUCAAAGUAUUCUCCAGAAUUACUCAAAUAUCGGUUACCCCUCCACCUGGCCUCGCUCUCCGUCAGUCUCAUUUUCCUGCUGGUGAAUCUCACCUGCGCGGUGUUGGUGAAGACAGGAGAUUGGGAGAGGAGGGCUAUCGUCUCCGUGCGAGUGGCCAUCAAUGACACACUCUUUGUGCUGUGUGCCAUCUCCCUUUCCAUCUGUCUCUACAAAAUCUCUAAGAUGUCCUUAGCCAACAUUUACUUGGAGUCUAAGGGUUCCUCCGUGUGCCAAGUGACUGCCAUUGGGGUGACUGUCAUUCUGCUUUACACCUCCCGAGCCUGCUACAACCUGUUCAUCCUGUCAUUUUCUCAGAGCAAGAACGUCCAUUCCUUCGAUUACGACUGGUACAAUGUAUCAGACCAGGCCGAUUUGAAGAACCAGCUGGGAGACGCCGGAUAUGUGGUGUUUGGAGUGGUCCUUUUUGUGUGGGAGCUCUUACCAACCACCUUAGUAGUUUACUUCUUCCGAGUGAGAAAUUCUACCAAGGACCUUACCAACCCUGGAAUGGUCCCCAGCCAUGGAUUCAGUCCCAGAUCAUAUUUCUUUGACAACCCUCGAAGGUAUGACAGUGAUGAUGAUCUUGCCUGGAACAUUGCCCCUCAGGGACUUCAAGGAAGUUUCACUCCAGACUACUAUGAUUGGGGACAACCACCUAACAGCUUCCUGGCACAAGUAGGAACUUUACAGCCAGACUCGAUUUUGGAUCCUGAGAAAACCAACCAUGGGUAGCACCAGUUAACAGUUUUAUGGAAUACUCCUCAGCUGAAAAGCUUCAGAAGACUAAUUUAAUGACAAGCUGAACUUCUAGGGCACUGUUCCUUAAGAAAUAGGACUUGAUAUUUUUAUCUGUUACAGGUUUCUAAAGGCUCCACAGGACUAAGCAAUAAUUUGGAUUGAUAAAACCUUAUGUUAGUACUAAAUAGUGAGCCUGACUACCUAUAUCAGUGGGUAUAAUUUAAACUUAAAAAAAAUUCUGUACUUUUAUAAAGAUGCAUUUUGUAUAACAAUGCUAAAAUAUACUAGGUUUUUGAGAAUGUUUUUGCAAUAUAUGUUGUAGUUUGCACAGAUUUUUAUGCAUAAUUCACUUUAAAAGUAUAUAAUAUAUGGUCUGAUGGUUUUUUAAGGCUUUUGGACUAAAGUGCUCUUCAAAUCCUUACCUCUUCAGGUCACUCAGAUUCUGUGCUCCAUGCUGGUAGACUCUAAAUAUAUUUUACAUCUAGAAAGCCAGUUGCACCUCCAGUGUUCAAAGUUAUAAUGUAGCAAGAAUAUCAAGAGACUACAUGUAAGGUAAUUGACUCUUCACAUAGUUAAGGCCCAGAUGGUUGAUCCCUCAAAGAAUCUCUAAAUUUUGCCAAAGUGUGGUACUCCGGUCAACAGGGCACUGAUGUAUACACUUCAAUGAUAAGUUGAUGUUAAAAAUAGUGACUUAACUUAUACUAUUAAAACUUCUCUGCUAUAUUCAGAGAUUUUACAUAGUUUCCAACCCAAUGAAAUCUAAUAUCUAUUACCUCAGGACUUCAGCAGGACUGCACCUUUCCCACCUCACUAACAUUCAUUACAUUCAAGGAACAAAAAAGAGGCUCUCAAAGGGUAUUAAUAAUAAAUACCCCUGGCCCUUGAUCCACACUAUGUGGUAUCCUAACAGUUUUCCUGUAAAUUCCAGCCAUAUUUAAAAUAAUUUCCUGUAUUUGAAAGUAGCUGUGAAAGCAGCCUGCUGGAAACUGCAUGUUUUAAAAUGGGAUUAGCACUGCAACCCUAUAUAGCAUGUGUCCUGUCUUAGCCAGGUACAAAGAUGGGUUCCAGACAACUGCUUCUAAGUCGUCUUCAA